GUUUCAUCUUUCUCAUUCAUUUUAAGUUGUAUCGAUUAAGGUUUUUGUUUCAUCCUCUAGGUAUAGUGUUUUUUGGUUGUUUCAAUUGCUUGUGUUCUCUUCAUCACUUUUAUGCUGAUGUGAACAUUCUCUUUUCAGUGGUUCAAUCAUUUUGUGCAGGUCAAACAAUAUUAUUGGUUGGAGUUGUCUGCAUUAACGGCUAUAUGAAUAACAUCAAAACUUAAUUCUCUCUUUACCUCUAGAUCUUCUUUUGGGUUCUUGACAUCUAUAUUUAUAUACUUUCGAUAUUUGUUUUAUGUUUAGUUGGAGUUUUAUGUUUUUCUUUCUUUCGUUGAGUUUGAAAGACUAGGAAGCAAAUCGGUUUUGUUACAUACAGUUUGGAAUAAUGAAUUAGUUAUUCUAAAUUAUUUAAUGGUAGUUAUUUCACGUGUAUGUUUUAUUACUGUUAAAUAUAUAAGAAAUUUUUUGUUUUGCUAUUAAGUUUAGAGAGUUCACUAUGUAAUCAUGUUAUGAACAUGUGUUUAAUGGUUUAGUUUCUAAAACGGCUAAAGUAGAUAUUUUAAAAAUAGAUAAUUAGAUUUAUCAUUGUAUAAUAACUAUAAUAAUAAAACUAUCAUUAUCUUUUUUUUUAUGAAAUGUAAACUUAUGAAAUAUUAAGAUAAGUUAAUGUAUAUAUUUAUCAAGUAAACCAAUGAAAUAUUAUCAUUAUCUCAAUUCAUUUUUUAAAAAAGUUUUCUUCUAAAGUUUACUUGAAUUUGUGUGUUUCAAUGUUUUUUUUGGUAAUUUAAUGCAUUUUUCUGGUUUAAAAAUACAAAGUGGAUUAAUAGAGACCAAAAGUUCACAUUUUUCGUUGUAAAAAAAAAAUUCACAUUUUUAGUUUAUUUUAUUGUGAAUAUUUGAUAUAUAUUUAUGUUCUCAUGGUCUCAUAGUUUUAUGGUUUUGUUUUGUAUUAAGAAGACGUAGACCGAGAUAAAAAUCAAAGAAAAAUAAAAUGAUUAAAAAUAUACAGAAUAAGUUAUCAUCAUGUUUAAAUCAUAAUACAUAUAUUAAUAAUUAUUAGUAAACGAUUAUGCCCGCAAACACGGACAAAGCACCUAGUAUACUUUAAAACGGAAUUAACAUAUGAGCCGUGAUAUUCUCGGAAAAUAUUGCAAUACACGAAUCAUAACCGGAUCAUCAAACAUAAAAUAUAGCUAGAUAUGCGAAUUUGUAAAUAAAAAUACACACAGAAAUGAGGAAGAAUCGACAGAGUUCCAAAGAAGGAGCACUAACUACAACAUUGACAUUAUAAAAUAGAGAGAAAGAGAUAGUGAUAAUUAAAUAAAAACCCUAAUCAUAUACUAAUUAACUAGGAGAGCAAAGCUAAAUCCUAACUAUAAAUAGACUAAUGACAAUACUCACUUUGUGAAAGAAGCAAUCUGAAAUAUUUGCAAGAAGAAAAGUUUUGUUAGGCUUCCGUACGAUUUUAUACUAAAGCUUUUAUUAGCUGAUAAGUUGAUUUUAAAUUAUGGGGAAAGGUUUUCAAGUAGUUGUGGUGAGAGAUUAUGAUCCAAGCAGAGACUUAAAGAGAGUGGAAGAGCUUGAGAAAAGCUGUGAAGUCGGGUCUUUAUUAGUUGAUCUCAUGGGUGACCCGCUUGCUCGGAUCCGACAAUCUCCUUCUUUCUACAUGCUGGUGGCUGAGAUCGAUACUGAGAUAGUUGGGAUGAUCAGAGGAACGAUCAAGACAGUGACACGCGGUGGAAAUGCAUUACACGAUGGCAAUUCACCGGUAAUAAGCACCACCAAACUCGCCUUCGUCUCCGGCCUCCGAGUCUCUCCGUACUACAGGAGGAUGGGAAUUGGAUUGAAAUUGGUCCAAAGGCUCGAAGAUUGGUUUCGACUAAACGACGCCGCUUACGCAUACGUGCAAACGGAAAACGACAACGCAGCUUCGGUCAAACUCUUCACCGAGAAAAGCGGUUAUUCCAAGUACCGAACACCUACUUUCCUGGUCAACCCUGUCUUUAACCACCGAGUCACAGUCUCACGCCGAGUCAAAAUCAUCAAAGUCGAUCCCUCCGACGCCGAGUCAAUCUACCGCAACCGGUUCUCCUCCACCGAGUUUUUCCCUUCGGACAUCAACUCAAUCCUCACCAACAAACUCUCUUUAGGCACUUUCCUGGCCGUGCCACGUGGCAGUGACUACGUUUCCGGGUCUCUACCCGGGUCAUGGGCAGUUAUAAGUAUCUGGAACAGCAAAGAAGUGUACAAGCUUCAAGUUCAAGGGACUUCUCGUCUCAAACGCACAUUAGCGAAGACGACGCGCGUUUUAGACGGCGCGUUACCGUUUCUGAAGAUCCCGUCGUUUCCUAAUCUUUUCAAGCCAUUCGCCAUGCAUUUCUUGUAUGGUAUCGGCGGAGAAGGGCCACAGGCCGCGGAGAUGGUGGAGGCGCUUUGUUCACACGCUCAUAACAUAGCUAAAAAGAGUGGCUGCGCCGUUGUGGCUGCUGAAGUGGGGAGCUGUGAGCCACUCAGAGCUGGUAUCCCUCACUGGAAGGCUCUCUCGCCGGAGGAUUUGUGGUGCUUGAAACGUCUCCGAGAUGAUGAUGACGGUGUAGACUGGACUAAGUCAACGCCUGGAUUGUCCGUUUUCGUUGACCCUAGAGAUUUAUAAUGAUUUGUUUAUGAUAUCAUUAGAGGAAUCUAAACACUAAACACAAGAAUUGAAAUUACAAAAUCCGAGACUAAGUCUUUAGUGUUAUAUAUACUCGAUUACUCUCCUUACGCUUUUAGUUUUAUCUGUAAUUUCAUACUCGAUCAAGUGUAAAUAAACUGGUUUACAAACACAAGCUAGUAAAACAUGCACUAUGUACCAAUGUUUUUAAUGUUACUUGAAUCAUACUAUCGGUUAUUAUCUAUGUAUUAAUGGAUUAUUGUUCACAGAACAGUCAAAUGUUCUAGGUAUGACUAUGAGACUGUAUGAUCAUGCUUAGAUUAGUUAGCUGAUAAUGAGUGAUUUCACUGACUAAGUCACGUAUAUAGAGCAAAUUGUAAUUUUAUAUCUGUUUUUCAUUCAAAAAAUCAGUUGUGAAAGCUAGAUAAUCGAUCAUAUUUGAAUAAUCUCAAGUUGUAAAAUGUAAUUUCAUAUUCCCGUAGGAAAGGAAGUCAAAACCAAAGUCUACGGUUUUUGGUUACGUAGAUC